CGUUAAUAUGAUUUCAGUUCUUUUCAUUCAAAGAAAAGACCAAGAGAAUAUAAAUAAAAAAAUGGGAACAAAAUCCCUCUUUUUAUUAAGUGCUUUAGUUUUACUAUCGGCUUGUUCCGAUGUUUAUUCGAAAAAACUUGUUGUUUGUUAUCAAGGAACAUGGGCAACAUAUCGACAUUCAUUUGGAAAAUUUGAUGCUUCCCAUAUUGACCCUACACUUUGUACGCAUAUUAUGUAUGCCUUUUUCGGAAUUGAACUAGACGGACAGAUUCGCAUAAUUGAUCCUUAUCUUGAUUUACAAGAUAAUUGGGGAAGGGGAAAUAUUAAGAAAUUUAUUCAACUUAAAAGCAAAAACCCCGAACUUAAGGUCUUAGCCGCUGUCGGUGGAUGGAAUGAGGGUUCAUUAAAGUUUUCAGAAGUUGCAAAUGAUCCAAUUAAGAGAAAUCGCUUCGUAACGUCUGCAGUUGAUUUCGUAAAGGAACAUAAUUUCGAUGGGCUUGACUUGGACUGGGAGUAUCCUAAUCAGAGACAUGAAUUAGCAACAAAUGACGAUAAGGCCAACUUUGUGACUUUGAUAAAGGAGCUAAAAGAAGCAUUGAGCAGAAAUAAUCUUCUUCUAACGGCUGCUGUUGGGUCAGCAGAGUUUUCUUCAUCUGUGUCGUACAACAUACCAGAGGUUUCAAAGUAUUUAGAUAUUAUUAACGUAAUGGCUUACGACUUGCAUGGUUCCUGGGAUGAAGUAACUGGUAUUAAUGCCCCACUUUAUGAAGGACCAAACGAUUACACUGAUGUCGAAAAACAGUUAAAUGUUCAUGCUAGUAUAUCUUACUGGUUAAAUAAUGGUGCACCACGUGAAAAGAUUGUUUUGGGUAUGCCGUUUUAUGGUCGAACUUUUACUCUGGCGGAUCCCAAUCAACACACAGUAGGUUCACCACACACCGGUGCUGGUCUACCAGGUCAAUACUCAAAUGAACCCGGCCACAUUGGUUACAACGAAGUGUGUGAAAAAUUGCAAAAAGAAGAUUGGACAUAUGUUUGGGAGGACUCCCAAAAGGUACCAUAUAUCUAUCGUGGAAACCAAUGGAUUGGAUUUGAAGACCAAAGGAGUAUUAAAUUAAAAGCCCAGUACGCUCUUGACCAAGGUUUAGCGGGUGUAAUGAUAUGGUCUCUGGAAUCAGAUGAUUUUCAUGGAAAUUGUGGAGAAAAGUAUAUUUUACUUAAAACUAUUCACUCCGUUCUUGAUGGUGCAAGCUAUAAUAAACCAACACAAUCGCCAAUUAUAAAAACAACUAGGGUUCCUGCCGUAACGACUAAAGCUCCGUCAAGUUAUGAAUGUGCUUCCGAUGCAAUGGGAUAUUUUAGGGAUCCCCAGGAAUGUUCUGUGUUUUAUUUUUGCAACGGAAAGACUAAGUACACAUUUAGAUGUUCACCAGGUUUGGGUUUUGAUACUGAAAUGAAUGGUUGUAAUUAUAUUGAUCAGGUCAAUUGUAACUCAUAAAUCAAUUUUAUUUUUUAUAAUUUCGUAAUGUUGACAACGUAAAUAAAAAAAACUAUUUUUAAUUGAAUCACGAA